UUAGGGUUUUGUUUUCCUUCAAAUUUCCAAAGAAUUAGAAAUCAAAAUCAAUGGGCAUGGAGAACCAGCCGAAGAUGAACAUCACCACGCGAAGCAGAGGUCUCCUGAAAAAAUCCAUGGAGCUUUCCACACUGUGCGGCAUUGACGUCUGCCUCCUCUUCUACGAUCCCUCAUCAUCCUCCACCGCCCCUGCCCUCACCUUCCCCUCCGAUCCCUCCCAAGUCUCCCGCAUCCUCUCUCGUUACCAGUCCCACACCGGCCGCGUCAAGGACGAAACCCCUAAAUACCUCCGCCGUCAUCCAUCGGAACCCGAGAUCGUGGACUCCCCUGACGACAUGGUUGUUGAUUGCGCAGAGGAGACAGCGGAGAAAGUGAUUGUUUGCCAGACGGAGCAGUGGAUCGAUGGGGAACCGAUCCGAGCGCUGGUGGAUUUGGUGGAUGAGUGGGUUUCGGAGGCGGAGUGGAUUGGAUCUGGGAAGAAGAAGGGGAUGCGAUCGUUUUCACGGCGAGAGAAAGCUCUGAGAAGCAUCGCGGAGGAUCUCGAUGUGAUGUUGUGCUCUGUGAACAAUCGGAUUUUGGCUUUGCUAUCCAGAAAUGUGGAUCAGCCACAGGAUUUCAACUCCGACUCUCUUAUCAUAAAAGUGAUGUAAUAAUUUAUUUAUCAUGUAUAUAUAUUUUUUUUUAUCUUAAUUCUUAAUUUUUAGUCAAGGCCAAUUAUCGCAAUUUCUCAUAAAUGCUGAAACUUCUUUUGAUUCUAAUAUGCCUUUAAUGAAUUGUUUGUUGUAAAUAA